AUGGCUCCGAGACAAAGCUCUCGACAGAAAAGCAAGGCCAAGGCCAAGGCUAAUAUAACAACCGAACAGACCACAGACUCUCCUCCGUCAGGGUUACAAGGUUUAUCCAAGGGCGUCAAAUCGGUAAAGCUCACUAACAACAAAUCUGAUCUCGACUUUCAGAAUGUUCGCAAGCAUCCCGACUGCCCAGCUUGGCACACCUCUUGCGACUAUACUGUACAUGUUGCCGACGAACCACCCGAGAUGAGCAAGGACAAGAAGAAGCGUGAUCGAAAGUUAGAGUGGGAGAAGUCACGAUAUCCCCCUGGCAUCUCGCUGCCUAUUGCCCUGCCAGCUUCUCUUGGUGAUGCCACACUUAUUGCCAAGUACAAUGGAUUCAAGUCUGAAGCCGACUACAUUUCCUACUGCGAUGGACCAUUAAUGGAGAUCAUCUAUGCCUUUGGCAAGGUCAUGCAGUUAAAAUUUACACCAUCAGCUAUCAACAGCGCUCGUGAGGAUGAAGUUCAGGGGGAAGAUGAGCCAGAAAGACCUAUCCCUCGGCCUAUCGACUGCAUUACCCUCUAUGCCAACAGCAAGGAGUGCCGAGACAUGGUGGAGACGAUUUGUCUCUAUUGUCCUCAACCUACCUUUAUUCCCAUCUUCAACAACACCAUCAGCAUCGAUGAGAAGAACCACAGGGAUGAGCCAUGCCCUCCUGCCAUGUUUUUGGCCGCAGCUGCCCAGGUCUUGAUUUUUGCACCGUCGCAUUGGGACCCCGAAUUGAAGCUGGUGCAGACGAGCGACUACCCGCGACGUUACCCCAUCAAUCAAGGUUUCAGUCCAACGAAGACGAUUGCUGGCAGGUUCUCGAUGGAGGAUUUGAACAGGGCCCUUUACCUCAUCUUCACGGUGAAUAACCGUCGAGGUAAGGCUAACCUUCUUAGCGGCAUCCCGACCAAGCGUACUGGCAACACACGAUGGAUGGGGUAUCACGACCCCAGCUGGAACAGUACAGAAAUGGAGCUGGAAGGUACUGAGAUCAUCGUCGACGGGCAUACAGAGGCCCAGCUCGACGCGGAAGAGAUGCUCAUGGACCAACAAGACGCCGAGAAUAACAAGGACCAGGACGAGGACCAGGUGAACUCAUCGGAUCUACCAGCCGUAACCGGACUCAAUUUUAUCGACCUCGCCGACCGGAUCACUGUUGCACUCUCAUCCGCACCCAAGCCCAAGACCGGACUCGGCGAGAAGCGCCUCACCGUCAAGGCAGACGCUAUGCCUAUCAUGUCCAACCAGAGAGCAGCACAGGUCGUCAAAGUCCUGCGACGCUCGCACGCUAUGGUCGACCCCCCCAUGGACGAUAUUCAGAAGACGCUCACCUAUGUCGACAGUCUUAUCGACGCAGACAAGAUGGCUGAGUAUGUCACAACACAAGCUGGCAACGAGAACCUUGUCGCAUUCGCACGAGAGCACCCCGACAAGCUCGACGAACUCACUAAGCAGAACAACCAGAGCUUUGCUAUGGAAAUGUUUAUGUCGUCUCUCCAACCCAACCACCACUUCGAUCUCGAUCAAUUAUGUGACGAGUUGGGCCUAAGCCGAUAUCCUGCUAUUCGCCUUCGUCCCGCUAAUGAUGCUAUUGAGCCCUUUAAACCCCACCAGGUCUACGAUGCCUACAGUAUUCUGCAACGAGCAGAAAGCCCAAAACGCCACACCUUCUUAUCGAAUGAUAUGGGAACAGGAAAGACACGAAUCUACCUGCUUGCUAUCAACCUCCACGCCCGACGUCUUGCGAAGCAGCAACAACAGGGCAACAGUGUGACAUUCUCGCCCUCCCUUGUUAUAACUCCGGUGAACUCGCUGCCGCAGACGUACCUCGAAGCAAAGAGUAUCUUCCCUGACUUUACUCUGAUUGUAUUUUAUGGCCAACGAUCUACCUUUAUUGAUAAAGGUGCGAAAGUCAUGGGGACUGAUGAUCUUAUCAACUAUCUCAGCAAGCUAGAUCCUACGAACCCUAAGACCGGCAAGACCCUAGCACCUCCAUCUAUCAAGAAGCGACGCGACCGUGCAGAGAAGAAGGCGGCCAAGAACCAAGAGCUUGGCGAUGUAGAGUCUGAUGACUCUAGCGACGAAGCAGCCGAAGGUAGGCGACGGAAGAAGGUCCCUAUCUACUCACUUGCGCAGGUCAACCGCAAGAACAUCACCUACGUCGACGAUCCAGCCAAGGCUGACGGAAACCUCGUGUGGUAUACCCGCAACAAGCCGGGCAUCAAGAACCUCAAGUUUACCUUUGUGGUCUGCGAUGAGGCUCAGAUUGCUAAGAAGCACGACGGAAGCUACAACAAUCUUUUACGCAAGUUCAAGUGGGACAUCAUCCUCUGGACCUCUGGCACACCUCUUUCGAACUCGCUGAGAGAUCUGAUCUCUCCCUUGCUUUUGAUGUGGCGGGCCCUCGACGUGGACUGGAAGCCCAAGAUCGGCCCCAUCGGGUACCUCCCAGGAUUAUACAACGCCCAGUACGAUCCGGAAAAGGAGAACAACGAGUUCAAUGGCAUGAUCACCAAGGGUAUCUUUCACCCUUCAUUCACGGCACUCGACCCAGCCGUCGGCAAACUGAUGGAAGCCUGGAAGGAAGAUGGCUCUCGACUUUGGUACCUGCACCCAGACCUCUACCGUGCAGCCGGCUCAUCGCAUUAUUGGGGCUCGAACCUCUCUUCCUGGGUGGUCCGACCUAUUUUCCAGGAGAUGCAUAUUCGAAGGACCAUGAGGACACCGCUGACCUUGCCUAACGGCGAGAUCACCUACCCCGGCAUUGACCUUUUGCCUCCCGUCAUUUCCAUCCAGGAAUACCGAUUCGGACCUAGGCUUGCCAUGGUAGUCCGAGAAGAGGGCUUCUUCCUGGCCUCACGCUUAUUUCAGCAACCCAAUGAUGAUGGGACGAUUCCCGACAGUGUACAAGCAGCCUCGAGCCAGUCUAUCGAAGGUGCUUCCGCCGAGGCGACCUUGAACUUCGGAGUACACCGAACCGGCAUUCUCCAGACAUUCGACUGGCGCAACUCGGUUCUGCUCAGUCCCGAGAACGACAUGAUCAGGGGAAGCAAGAAGGCCAUUGAGCUUAGAGUCCAGGCUAUGGUUGACCCCAACCAGCCCCAGACGAAGGCUGAGCUCGAGAGGAUGAAGAUGAAGGAGGCCGAGGAAUCCCCGGUUGUCGUCGGCGUCGACCACGUCCAGCACCUUGUCGCAAACGACCCCAACGGUGGGUUGACGUGGCUCUACAACAUGACACGAAAGGACGAAAACACCCUCGCCCCCUCCGAUCGAGAUAGCAUGUUGCUCUGGCAUCCGGACGACCUUGACGCAGAGUUUACACCCCUCUUCAUCGAAGCUUUUAAGCAUGUCGAGGGUGCAAUUGACUCUGAUCCCGAAACCCAGAAGAAGCACAAAAAGCUUCGACGAAUGAUGCAGGACAGGGCAAAGGAGAAAUCCUCUGCGCUUGUGAGCGACAAUGGGAUUCAUGACGAUGGAGCCCAAGAGGAUGCGAGCGAUGACGAUGAGUCUGGCGGCCCUGCGCGACCCAAGUCGAGGAAGAAGCGGUCAGGCGUAACCACUUCUAACAACGAUGAUGCGACAUCUACGAACUUGGAUAUUGACUCUGACGAGGAGGUUAUCGAGGAGGUUGUCGAGGAGGAACCUCAGCUUCCUAAGGUUGGCGACAAGCGUCCCGCAGAUGAUGAUGCCAACAGCCUCACUCCGAAGCGCAACAAAGUGUAG